UGUGUGUGUGGAGCGACUGUCGAUGCGGAUUGGGGGGGGUGGGAGAAGACUUGUGGGAUCCCAAAAGCAAGCAACCGGGAGAAAGAAAAAUACUACCGUGGGGGCCUUUCCGCUGGCUUGCUGCUCUUACGCCCUUACACCUGACGGAGAUACUAAAGCCUGGCCGCCGAGGAACGCUGGCCCGCUGGAGCUCUGCUGGCUCCCGGGCUAAGGUAUUCAGGAAACACCGUGGCUUCUCCCGAGGCCUAGCGGGUUUUUGGACUCUGGGCGGAUUUGGAGUGUGUAACCAGUGCUGGACUGUGGCAGACACACUGCCGUGGGCACGGGUUCCCUCAUGUCCGUGAAGUGUCCCUCGAGGCUCUGCGGCUCCCCACCCUCGGUGCGGUCAGUUGCUGCGAUUCCGACCCCGUGAUUCUCUCCGACCGCAGUGCCGCACGUCAUGAGCAUUGUAAUCCCUCUGGGAGUCACCACACCAGAUACAUCCUACUCAGACAUGGCCGCCGGAUCUGAUCCCGAAUCAGUGGAAGCUAGCCCAGCUGUCAGUGGGAAGACGAUCUAUGCAGCCCACGGCUACCCUGGCACUCAGAGCCAUAGUUACAGAGGUCUGCCUUACGCUGACCACAAUUACGGAGCUCCUCCGCCACCUACACCUCCUGCAUCCCCACCUGUCCAGGCCAUCAUCCCUCGAGCUGCACCACCUAACGGCAUUCUCUCGCCGGACGAGGAAGAGAAUACUGGCGACAGUGACAGCUCCUCCGAGGUUGAAGGCAUUCCUAAUUGGUGCCAGUGCAACCUUUCACCGGACGGGUUUAUCAAGUGUGAGAAGUGCAGGGGUGUGAACCGAGGAAAGGUGAUCCAGAUUAAUCGCAGGAAGCAAGACAAUGUCUCUGGAGGGGAGAGCAGCGCCACCGAGAGCUGGGACGAAGAACUGUCUCCAUCCACGGUGCUCUACACCGCCACACAGCACACGCCGACCAGCAUCACGCUCACGGUCAACAGAGUCCAGGCAAAUAAGCCAAAAAAGAGGAAGAAGAACACAGAAAAGGCCCGUAAUGCCCCGAAGGCCAAGAAAAUAAAGGCUUUUCGGGAAGGCUCUCGCAAAUCCUUGCGGAUGAAGAACUCUCCUUCAGAUGCACAAACGCUAGAUGAAAAUACCACCGAGGGCUGGGAGAAUCGCAUACGGCUUUGGACCGACCAGUACGAAGAAGCUUUUACAAACCAGUACAGCGCAGACAUGCAGAACCUGCUGGAACGGCACGUCCGCUCCAGCAAGGAGCUGAUUGGUAAAGCUGCCGCUCCGGUGACCAUUAAAAAGACCGAACUGGCCUGUAACAAUACGGUGGUUGGCUCCCAGAUGCAGUUGCAGCUGGGAAGGGUUACCCGUGUGCAGAAACACCGCAAAAUUCUCCGGGCGUCGAGGGACCUGGCUCCGAAUACCCUAGUAAUAGAGUAUCGCGGCAAAGUCAUGUUACGGCAGCAGUUCGAAGUCAACGGUCACUUCUUCAAAAAACCUUACCCCUUUGUGCUGUUCUACUCCAAAUUCAACGGUUUAGAAAUGUGUGUGGAUGCACGAACCUUUGGCAAUGAUGCUCGGUUUAUAAGGCGUUCAUGUACACCCAAUGCAGAGGUUCGACACGUGAUUGCAGAUGGGAUGGUCCAUCUGUGUAUUUAUGCUGUAGCUGCUAUUGCAAAGGACGCCGAGGUCACCAUCCCUUUUGACUACGAUUACAGUAACUGUAAUUAUAAAGUGGACUGUGCGUGUCACAAGGGGAAUCGAAACUGUCCCGUUCAGAAGCGGAGUCCUAACGCCAGCGACUUGCCUCCCCCUGCUGUUCCUGUGCUGUCCACUGGAGCGGAGACGCGGCGUCGGAGAGCCAAGAGAAAGGAGUUAGAGCAGCAGGGCUGUGCGGUGGACGAGGUCCCCAACAAUCAUGCGGAGGUCGCUCAAGAGGUGCCUCCCACCGAGAUGGUCACCAGCGAUCAAGAGGCACGGGAUGAAGGGAAAGUGGAAGUCAUCAUGCAUGUUCUGGACAACCUCGAAAAGCGAAGAAAACGCAAAGACCAACCAUUGGAACCUGCUGGAACGGAACCCGAGCCUCCUGCCGUCGCCGAGGAAGCGAAGGCCGACAGCGAACCUGCGGCUCAGGUUGAAGCCACAGAAGCGGAAACCGAAAGUCCGCCGCUAGCCGAACCUACGGCGAACUCUAGCCUGGGAGUGAAUACGCGAAGGUCUUCGCAGGCAGGGGAAGCUGUGGCGGAGAAACCUGCCCCCAAGCCCGUUCCUCCCAAAUCCUCCAGGCCGCGUCCCAAGAGCCGCAUGUCCCGAUAUCGGAGCGCUUCAGCGCAGAGGUUAAGGAGACAAAGGCAGGCGGUCUCCCAGCAGGUGGAGUUGGUCCAACCGGUUUCAGAGGAAGGAGCCGCCAGUUCAACCCAAAUCGCAACGGAAUCUGGGGCCGCGGAGAGCACAGGGACUUCUGCACCCCAACAGGUUUCAGACGCUCCUGCUGUAACCCAAGCAGUAACCCAGACAAAUCGAGGCAGCCUUAAAUAUCACAAGACUAAAAAAUACCUGGUUACAGAAUGGUUGAACGACAAAGUCGAGAAGCAGGAGUGUCCCAUCGAUCAACCUUUGCGGAUCACCACGGACCCGACCGUCUUGGCGACGACUCUCAACAUGCUGCCAGGGUUGUCCCAUUCCCCAUCUAUCUGCACAGCCCCCAAACACUACAUACGCUUCGUGUCACCGUUUAUGCCAGAUCGACGUCGGAGGCCUCCUAAGGCAGACGGGACUUAUGGGUCCUGUAAAAAGCGCUGGAUAAAGCAGGCGUUGGACGAGGGCGCGAUGAUGUCUACCAGUUCCCCGCAAGAAAAUACACAACCUUUAUACCAAAGUAAUGAGGGCAGUAGUAGCUCUUUGACCAGCGAUACAGGAGCUUCUGCCCCAUUUAAAAAAUGGAAGAUGAAAUAUAUCCUGGAGGAAAACUCCAACAAUUUAAAUAGCCCCCUGUCGUUCGUCACACCGCCCCCACUUCCCAACUCUUUGACCACAGACUCCCUGAGCCCGCUGCAAACCACCCCGAGCUCCUCUCUACCCGGGGAAGAAGAAUCGCGCUACGGUUAUGGACCCGUGUUUUCUCCGAUCCCCUCCCUCGCUGCUAGCCGCUGCAAUACUCCGCUACAGUUUGAGAAUAUAUCGUCCCCCGAGAGUUCCCCAGCUCACGUGCCGGAGUCCUUGUCGCCGGAGCCUUGCCUCCGCCCGGACCUGGACUCUUCCAAGGCUUCCUUCUUGGAUGUCACCAUUGAAAAUUCCCAGGAUCACCAAGGGCCCCUCUGUAGUGUUUUGGCUGAACAAGCUGCUCAGUCCCCCAGCACCUCUAUCCAAUACAGCAGCACGGCAGAGAACAGUAUAUCGGGCAAAGCCGGGGACGGGUCAGUGCUGCUAAGGACUUCAGAACAGACUUUCCGGACUUCAGAACAGACUUUCCGGACAGAGUUCAAUUUAAUGUAUGCAUUCUCCCCGUUGAACGCUAUGCCUCGGACUGAUGGAUCGUUACGUGGAUCCCCUCAUGUUGGGGAGAGAAAACCUUCCCAACCGGACAUGUACUGUGGCUCUCCAGUGGAGACUUUCUAUGGAAGGUUGAGUUCUGGUCUUCUUAAAGAACCCAUGUCUCCUUCUGGUGAGCGUGUGUGCGAAGGAGUCCGAUCGUCCCCCCAGAACCCCCCACAGAGGAAAAAGGUAUCUCUAUUGGAAUAUCGGAAGAGGAAACAGGAGGCAAAAGAGGUCACGUCUUCUCCGUGCAGCGACAUAAUCCGCUGCGUGGGGACGCCCACCCGCCAAAGUAGCAACGGAUCCAUGUGUGACGCGGAUCUGUCCAGCGCUCUGCUCCUCCAAGCGGCGUCUUCUCCCCACAGCGGCUUCUCUUCCCCUGCUCAUCCUUCUUUGCCGCAGAUAGAGGAUGUCAGCCCCCCGGACACCCGGUCCUCUGGACCCCCCUCAUCUCAUUGCAAGGCGCCCGAGAACAUCAGCAGCAGGUGGAUGGUCCCUACCUCAGUGGAGCGGUUGCGAGAGGGCCAAGGGAUCCUGGAACGGGUUCUGCGCAGUGGGGUGAAAGUAUCCCACAUAGGGGAGCCGUCUCCGUCAAGGGAGAGCAGCUUAGAACGAGAGUCGGAGGACGGUGAUGCCGAGAUGCCUGGCCUGGCUGUUUCCAAAGGAUCGACUGUCUAUAGCCCUUCCAGAUACAACUACCAGUUCUUGCAGUGUGACAGCCCUCAGCCAGAGUCCCUCGGUCUCCUUUCUCAAAGUUCGUCGCCUUUUCGAGGACCUUCUUCCCAACCCCUGGGGUACAGCUACCGGACACCGCAAAGGGCAGGGCACCCGGUGUCCGAAUCAUCCGUCAUUUCCACCUCGUAUACUAGCCCUGCACACGUGGCUUCCACGGACUCCCCAACAUCCCAGUGUCCAGGGAGCUCUGGGUAUUUCAACAGCCAGCAACUCUACGGAAGCCAUGCUGUUGGUAGUCAGCCUCGAAAGAGCUUCCACCAUCGAGCCCUAAGCUGUGAGGCCAGUCCGGCCCAACUGCUCAGGACAGACUCUCUAUCUUCAGACUCACAGCCCAGCCCUAGGGCUUCUAGCAAUUCCUCCACCCCUCAAGUCCAGAGAUCAGAACCCAGAACUAUAACCCUGCCUGGCUCCGGACUCCCAGGCCCCAGGACACCUGCUAUGUCCAGUCCUCAGCAUUACCCACAACGUGGGUCCGGCAUGCCUCCAUAUCGGUUGCAGCAAAUUCAAGGCUCAGGAGUAAAGACUCAGACUGGCCUUUCUUAGGAGUGCUAUAGAGGAGCAGAACAGGAGAGCACUAUAUCCCAUCAGCCGUUCCGAUGGCCGCCCCGAGACGAGUGGGUCCGCCGGUGGCUCGAGGCAGGGUUGCAUGUGUCUUAGACUGAAGCAGGUAGAGACUAAAGCUUGCUGAUAAAAUCAGCCCCUCACUCACAUGUUGCAAGAAAAAAAGAGGACACUCACUAUUAUGGAAACCAUAAUAGCAGAAAUGAUGCAAAAAUCAUCCAAAUAUUUGGCGUCACCAUUGGUAUAUAUUUUUUUUUUCUCUGUAUCACCAGAAAUCUCCUGUAGUCACUUGUGCAGUAAGGACAAUUUUUAUAUGAUUAAGAAAUAAAAUGGUUCUAAUUAAAGUUGAAAUAAAAGGGUGGGGAGAAGGGGUUUAAAGAAGCACCUAUAUUUGUAGCAUCUGAUUAUAACAGUUUUAUUUUAUUUUGUUUGGUUGGAGGGUGAGAGAGGCAGAGCCGGGAUUAUAUUGUGUAUGUGGCCAGUCAUUCCAGACACACAGAUCACCGUUGUGUUUUACCACUGCCAGUUGGAAUGAUCAUUUUUGUUAACGACAUUUUUAAUGCAUCUCUGAAGGAAGAAUGGUUUUGUUGUGUAUUUUCAAGGAGGGUUACCAUGGCGACGGGACAGCGGUUCACACUUGUUGAGUAGGGCUGGUAUGAAAAGAUCUGUAAAAAAAAAUCAAAUACAAAUUUGAAGACUUGAA